UAGGCUCUAAAAUCUACACUGGAAGGAUCUCAAAAGUUUAAUUUCAUUCUGCUUACCCGAAUUCCCUUUCCUGGAGCUGAUAUCUGAUACGUAUGCUUCGUAUUUGAUGGGAAUGUAGCAGGAUACUGAUAGGAUUUUAGCACGUAUGGAUCAUCCGUGUUUAAUGUAAUCUGCUCCGCAAAAUCGGUGGGGAUACCGGCGGCUGUGAAACCCAACGGGAGCUGAAAAAACGCAAUGAAUACCACAAGAACAUGCUCGAUCGACAAUUUCGCACCAAAACCUAUCAUUUUUGUUUAUGUGCUAUGUAGUCGAUGCUCGUGCAGGGAGUGCGUGCAGUCGUGGAUCUUCCAGACCGCGGGAUCUGUCGACGAUUGCUGACGUGUCAUUCGAUUUCAAUGACUGCGAGGAGGGCCAGGAGGAGGGCGACGGCCGCUGUCCCACGGAUGACGAGCUGCGCUAUAAACAUGUGGAGGAACUGGAGAAGAAGUUCGAGAAGGGCUGGGAGAUGUGGGUCAGCCAGAUGGGCGGGGAUGCGCAGGAUACCUGCACGUAUAACUUUGACGCGGAGGAGCUCGCCGUGCGACUGGGCACACAUAUCGAUAAAGCCAGUAAACUGCAUGCCAAAAUAAUGCUGCAGAAAAUCUACCAUUUUUGGCACUGUAAAGUCCACACGGAUAUGAUCCUGCUGGCGGAGAACGCCCGCGAAGAAGUCCACUUCCACAUGCUAGCCGCGCACACCGAGUUCUUCGAGAAAGUCGUCCUGGUGAGCCGAUGGGAGAAGUUGUGGCGUGAAGGGAAACUCGUCCUGGAUCUCAGCGGGAUGGUGACGCCGCGCGCUCUCCGCACCAUCAUCACCUUCGCCUACACGGGCGCCGUCAAGCUUACAUUAGAUAACGCCACGGAUAUCGCCAUGGGCGCCAAGAAUCUCGGUUUCCGCCGGCUGCAGCAGCACUGCAUGGAGUUUCUGGAUUAUGUGUUCGCGGAUUUUCAUUUGUUUAUUAUUCUGCGAAAUGUCCCGGUGGAUCACAAGUUUUUCGAUGUGGCGUGGACGAAGAUUCUGAAACGGUUUCGAUUUAUUUCGCAUGAUACGAAUUUUUUGACGAUGGAUCCGAUGCAUUUGGAGUUGCUGAUUGCGUCCGAUAAACUGAAUAUUGAGUCCGAGUACGAAGCUUUCAAACCGGUUUUGAACUGGAUUAAUCACGAUCGGGGCAACCGCGAGAAGUAUUUCUUCAAACUGAUGGGACAAGUGCGGUUUGCGUACAUGGAGCUGGAUGAGCUGAUCAGCUGUAUGCAGGAGGACGAUCUGUUCCGCCGACAUCCCGACGCACAGAAAAUGCUGGAAGACGCCGACAUGUACGCGACCAUGGAAUCCAUGGGCGAUCAAUGGUGCAAUUAUCCGCCGUGGCCGCCGCGUAACGAGAUCAUCAAGCGGAAAGUGUACACGCGCGGAGAAAAACUGAAGGAGCUGCGUCCCAAAUCGAAGAACGAUAUCUGUAAUGCCGGCUUGCCGUGCGCCCUGCAGACGAACUACGGCGCCAAGUUCGACAAGACCUGUCCGAACACGGAAUGCCGCACCUGUGAAGUGUACUGUACCGAUCGCGGGUUCGGCCGGCUGCUGCCGCUAUCCUGCACGCCGACCGGCGACGCGGCACGGGAGCGUGCCAAAUCACCGGCACAGAAACGCCAGGAAAAGUGCUGUCAACAAGCUAAACCGAAAAAAGUUCUGAUGGAUGGCAAUGAAGCGUGCACCAACCGCACCGCCAUGCUGGAUCAGAUGCGGACGCUGAAAGCGCAGGAUAAAAUUGCGGUGCUGUGCGCCAAGUAUCAGGAAGAGAACAACUACUCGCCGCGUUCCCUCUCCCCGGGGAAGAAAGGGCCCAGUGCCAGCGCAUCGGCGGCGAUUAGCGAAAUCAGUUUGCCGUCGUGCAUGGUGACACCACGAAAACGAUUGUAAAUGCCAUUUUGUUGCAAUAAAGUCUCCAUUUUUAUCAACAUUUUUCCCUCUUUAAUAUUUAUUUUCUUUAACAAAGACUGUCUAUUUUUUGCGCCCUUCUCUUUGUUUGUUUGAUAUACGGUUAAGUUCGUUUCGGUCUACAAUUGUUUUAGUUUUAGCUUGCUAUUUUCGCCUGGUUUAGAGUUUUUAACUUUUUUUUACAUAUUAUGACUGCUGCUUGCACUGGAAUUGUGUAAUGCUUAUUCCCAGCGGGAAGGGCUGUUGGUUUUACGGAACUAUUUUUAUUUUAUUAUUAACAGUUGAAUCAAUAAACAGCGAUGAA